UCUAAAAGAAAGCAGAAAACAAAGAAUAGUCACAACAGCACUGUUUCAACACAAAAUCUUGACAGUUCGACUGAUGCUGAGAUUGCGAAUUCACAAUCAAAGACUUCGUCACCGUCGUGCAUCGCGAAAGUAUCACUCGCAACGAAAACGGUACGCACAUUGUUGGCUGAAUUGAAGAUGGAAAAUGUAAACGAUGGAAUAAAAGCUGAAAAUAUGCGAUGUUUGAAUUCAUUUUUGUUACAAUGCAAAGGUUUCUUGAAUCGUUGCUAUCUACGACAAAAUUUAAUGUCAUUGGGUCUAUUUGAUGCACUUCCGCGAUUGGUUGAAUCGAACAACAGCUUGUUGACAGCACAAUUGGAUGUCUUCUUCAGCAGUGAAUCGAAUGACAAUCUUGUUACGGGUCCAUCCGGCAAAGAUCAACGACAUCCCAUUGAGUUGUUUCAUCGUGCCUACUUACAUGUCAAGCGAACUGCUCAUUGUGCAUCACUCUUUCUGGAUCUACUGGAGAAGAUUGCAUCGGUGAAGCCAAACCCGAAACGAAUGAUGCGAGCCAUUCAGAUUCUAACCCAAGGCCAUAUGCGCACUGUGGCUACGCAAACCGAUGAAGUUGAGAUGUAUGGAGACGCGAGAUCGAUGCUGAAUGAUCAUCAUGAAAUCGCGAAGGUUUGCCAGUCAUCUCAAACCAGUGAUGAUGCGAAAAUGAGGAAUCAUUUAUCGAAUGAUUCUUCAACUCUGAUCCAAGAGGAUGCUCUCAAACUAAACGGUUCACCACCCCCUGCAAAGGUCGAUCACUUCCGUCCGAAUCAUUCUUCACCAUCGUACUUCAAUUAUUUACCUGAGAAUUUCAGUUCGCUUCCAUCAGUUGCUCGACUCACAUCGACUGAUCAGCCUUCAGCUGCGGCCUCUGCCACUGCUUCAACUUCGAUCCCGACCAUGCCACCAGCCUCCCCUCCUCAUUCACCCCUCUCUCCAGCGCUAUCUCCAACUCCUGCCCUACCCCCACCUCCACCACCACCUCCUCCUCCAUCUCCAGCAUUUUUGAAUUCGUCACUUUUAUCGAAAAACGACAAUAGCUUGAAUUCACCAACCAUCUUCAAAUCCGCAUCUGUUUAUAAAAAAAAACGUUCAACAAAUACAAUUAAUUGGGAGGCUGUAAAGCCAGAAAUUUUGUUGGCAAAAACAACAGUCUGGAAUGAGAAACGAGUGGACGAUUUGGAUUUCAAUCAAUAUCAACGCGACUUCUUGGAGAGAGUCUUUGAACGUGCCCCGUCGAAAGGUUUUCCUCUGAGAGGACAGAGUCUUGAUGAGUCCAAGAAGGAUCACAUCUUACUUCAUCAUCUCACCGAAAAAAGGGCACUCAAUCUUGGCAUUGUUUUAGCGAGAUUUUCUAGAUUUCGACCGGAUACUGCAAAUGAAUUGAUAAAUAAACUGGAAUCGCAUGAGACAGCAGUUGAGCUAAAUGUCGAUUAUCUCACCUCAUUGAUCAAGCAUUUCCCAACCUCAGAUGAGGUCGGCUUCACAGUAUUGUUUGUGUUGCAUCAACUCGAUUUAUCGUACUUCAAAAAAUUGCCGUCAUCGGAAGAUCUCAGAGACGCAGAAUUGUUCUGUUAUUUGGCAGCACAACAUCCGAAUCUAAAACUUUGUGUUGAAUUACGAAUACUCGCUGAAACGGUUGCAACUGAUUUAAGUCGACAAACUCAAUGUGCACGAUCCAUACUGAUCGCAUCUCAGGAACUUGAAAAUCAUAAGGGGGUUAUUCUGUUUUUGCAUCGAUGUCUUCAGUUUGGCAAUUUUCUCAAUCAGUCGACGUUUGCAGCAGGUGCAAGCGGAUUUGCGUUAAGUUCAUUAUUGAGUACACUGAACGCGAAAGGUAGAGGUCAAUAUGAACGUACACGUCUUAUUGAUAUCGUUGCCGAGAGUGCCGAUGAGAACUUACGAAGCGUCAUUCCACUCAUUGCUCGCAUUCGACCGACGAGGGGAUGUUCAGUGCAAGAAUUGGAACGAUGGGAAAAAACAUUCAGGGCAUCCAUCGAGAACACACGGAAACGUGUGAAUGAGUGCGGUGACGAAGAGCUAUUCAGGCGUUAUUCUCCGCUUUUAAUGAAUAAACGUGAUUAUAAAAUUUCUUUUCAGGACUCCAUCACAAAAUGUGAUCAUUUAGCAAAAAUACUUCGCGAGGCACGAUCUUGUGAGAAGAAAUUAUGUGUUUUCUAUUGUGCGGAAACGUUUUCGAUUGAAGCCAUAUUGGAUGUUUUUUGGAACGCGUUUACGCUCUUCGAAAAUGCCAUCAAAGUGAGCUCUGCUGAAGAACGUGAGAUUCGUUUCAAUCGUCAACGAAGUCUUCGUGCUAAAGCUGCACCUGAUAUCCAUGUUCUACACGCAUCGCAGCGAUUCGAGAGAAGACGUCAUACCUUAGGUCCGCCAACUGUCAAAGAUCUAAUCAGCAUUAUUAACUCAACACAUUUGAGUUGA